AGGAUAACGGAUGUGUACCGAUUAUAGAGCACUCAACAAUAUAACCAUCAAGUCCCGUUGCCCGAUUCGGCGAGCCGGCGAUCUCAUUGACCAGCUUUGCGGGGCCAGGAUGUUUUCCAAGAUUGAUCUACGAGGAGGUUACCACCAAAUUCGUUUCGCCGAAGCUGAUAUUCCGAAGACUGUGUUUCGAACCCAUUACGGAAGUUACAAGUAUACAGUGAUGCCGUUUGAACUGACGAACGCAACCUCAACUUUUCAACUGACCAUGAACGAAGUAUUCCGCUCGCUACUGGACAAGUGCGUUAUCGUCUACCUAAAUGACCUCCUGGUGUACAGCACCUCGCGGGACCAACAUUUGAAGGACCUGGACGCAGUUUUUACCCUUUGCGAUCAACACCGACUCAUCAACAAGGGCUCUAAGUGUGAGCUCUUAAAAGAGAAGCUGGACUUCCUGGGCCACUUCCGAAGGCGCUAGACCACAAGUCCCUAUAGUUCCUCU